AUGAAAACAAAAUCCACUGAAACAAAAACAGAGAGUUCAACUAAAGAAAAAAAUUCAUCUGAAUGUCCAUUUGAUUUUGAUGUAUGUCGAAAAGCAUUAAUAGCUCUUAAAAAAAUUAUAAAUAAUGCUCAACAAGGUCAUAAACAAUUAUUAGAUGAAUCAACACCAAUAAGUCUUUAUCUUCACGUACACAAAAUACCUCGAUGUACUUAUCUUCGUCUUUCAUCUCAAUUACCUCAUCCAUUUAUUCAACAAGAUACACGUGAUGUAUGUCUUUUUGUACGUGAUGAUGAUAUUAAUGGUCGAGAAUAUGAAUCAACAAUACGUCGUUAUAAAUCCAUGAUUGAUCAAUUUAAACUGCCAUUCAAUGUUGAAAUCAUGACACUUAAACAACUUAAUCAAGAAUUAGUUCCAUAUGAAGCUAAACGAAAAUUAUGUUCACGUUAUGAUCUUUUUCUUGCUGAUCGACGUAUAAUGACAUCAUUAAUGCGUGGUCAAUUACUUGGUAAACAUUUUCGGUAUCAUGGAAAAAUGCCAUUAGGUAUCAAUGUUUUUAAUAAAGAUUUUAAACAACGUUUAUUAUCAUUGUGUUCAUCAACAUAUGGUCGUAUGGCUGGUACGGGACCACUUUUUUCUAUACAAUUUACAACUGUUAAACAAUCUAUUGAGCAUGGUAUUGAAAAUCUUAAAACAAUCUGUCAAACUAUUGAUAAAGAAUUACCUGGUAGUUGGUUCAAUAUUGACCACGCUUAUUUAUAUGGAAAUAAUUUACAAUCAUUACCAAUUUAUUAUAGUACACAUAAUAAAAAUGAUGUUAAAAAAUUAAAUCUUCCAUUAAAUAAUCAUAAUGAAUUAACAGAAAUAGGUGAAUUAUCAACAUUGGAAAAAAAUCUUAAUGUUAUUGUAGAACCAAGUGGAAAUAUACAUUUAACAAAAAGAACUAAAUUAAGCAAUAAUGUUAACAAGAAAAAACCAAUAAAACGUUUACAAAAAACAUGGAUUAAAGGUAUACAACAACAACAACAACUACGUUCAACAAAAACUAAAUCAAAAAAAGAAAAGAAAAUUAAUAAAGAUGAAGAUUUACCAGUUUUUAAUACUGAUAAUAAACCUUUAGUUGAUACUGCAUUUGUUAAACGUGUUGCUGACACUAAACUUGCCAAGAAAAAUGAAAAACCAAAACAUAUUGAACAAAAUUAUGCUAGUAAACCAGCACCGAAAGCUGAAAAACGAAAACGUCUUUUAGCUGCUGUUAAACAAGCCUCAAAAGAAAAUGAAAAUGAUGAUAAUGAUGUACCAACAUUAAUUGAUGCUAGUGAAGAACGAAAAAUAAAAAGUGGUGGAAGAAGUUUUCAUACAUCAUCAAAUAAAAAUGAACCAGAAUUACCAAUCAAUACACGAACUACUCGAAACAUACAAUCAAGUAUUAUUCCACCAGUAACUGUAUCUCUAUUAUCGAAAAUCGAUGUUUUAUUGCCAAUUGUUGUUUUUGCUUGUAAUCGGCCACGUGCUCUUCAAAUUCACAUUGAAGCUCUGCUUAAAAUUCGAAAAAAUACUGAAUUAAAUCCAAUAAUUAUUAGUUUAGAUUGUCAAGACAGUGCAACAAUUCAAGUUGCCAAAAGUUUCGGUGAUAAAAUUAAAACAAUUAUUGAAUUACCAGAUCUUGGUCCUCUUGAGGUUCCUGCAAACGAGAAUCAAUUAUCUGGAUAUUAUAGGAUAGCACGUCACUAUGGUUAUUCACUUAAUCAUGUUCUGAAUGUACUUAAUUAUGAAGCUAUAAUUAUUACUGAAGAUGAUUUAGAAGUUUCACCUGAUUUUCUCGAUUAUUUUCAAGCACUUUAUCCAUUAUUGAAAUAUGAUAAAACUGUUUGGUGUAUAUCAGCAUGGAAUGAUAAUGGUAUUGAUAAAAAAAUUGAUCGUCAAGCAAAUCUUCUUCAUCGUAGUGAUUUUUUUCCUGGUCUUGGUUGGUUGUUAACAAAGACAGUAUGGAAUGAAAUAAAAGAUAAAUGGCCAAAAGCUUUUUGGGAUGACUGGAUGAGAAAACCGGAACAACGUCGUGAUCGAGCAUGUAUUCGACCAGAAGUUUCACGUACAGGUAUAUCAUCGGAAGGUAAAAAAGGUGUUAGUGGAGGUCAAUUUUAUGAUCAUUACUUGAAGAAAAUAAACAAAAAUACUGAUCCUAUUGAUUGGAAAACUAUUGAUAUUAGCUAUCUUGUCAAAGAUCGAUAUGAUAAAAAGUUUCAAGCUCGUAUUGAUACUUGUCCUGUGAUAACAUUAUCUGAUUUAAAUCAAAUGAAUAAUGAUACUAAAUGUGCACAAUUACGUUAUAGUAAAAUUAAAUAA